AUGGCAUCUGGAUUGUUUAAUUUAUCGGCAAAAAAGUUUGCAGGAAAUCACAUAUAUUUAGGAAAAUGGCAUGAUUUUAACCAAUGGAAAUACAUUGCACCUACGAAUUUAUUAAAUAUUAUAAGGCCUGUUGAAAAAACCAAAGCUAUAACUCCAAUUUUAGAUAAAAGUCCAGGUGAUAUAUUAAGUUAUUUAAACCAUUCAUAUCAUGGAAAAGUCAUAACAAUAGAUGAUUUAAAUAGUGAAAGCAAAAGUGGAAAUAAAAUAAGAGGAUCUGGCUUUCAUGGUCCUGAAAGAACAGAUAUUUUUAGAUUAACUUUGUAUAAUAGAUUAAAACAAAAACAACCUCAAAGGAUUGUACCAAGUAUUGAGCAUUUACGAGAUGCUAACAAAUUAGAAGUAUCCAUUGUUUGGUUCUUAUGGUCGUUUGUUAUAUUUUAUUCUUCUAUGUGUAUAUAUGGAAGUAAUUAUAUUAUCAAAAAUAAAUCAAGUUCAUUCCCAUGGAUGCCUAAAAGAACCGAUGGGUCUAAGGGAGAAGGGCCAAUGUUUUGGUUCCUUGAGUAG